AUGUCAGUUGCCAUUAAAAGCACCUCUUCCUGUUGAAUAAAUUAGACUUGAGUAUAACCAGAUUCGGUGUUUGGAUCAUGCAUAUUCUGAUUUCAGUAUUUCUUUUGGCAACAGGUACCUGUGAGGCAUUGUUUUGGCAGAAGCUGACAUGUCCUUAUGAAGUGAAGUACAAGAGCCUUCCGAGGGUUUGGUGUCAGCAGAACUCUGCCGAGUGCUGCACCGGCCUCACCUUCAGUCACAGUGAACACUUGGUGGAUGGAGGCAAACUAAAGGUGACCCAGGAUGUGAGCUCCUUCACUGUGGAAGUGUUGGAGCCAAACCACAAACAAGGAGUGUACUGGUGUGGUUUGCUAAACAGAAAUGGCACCAUCAUCAAGCUGGCUGAAGGCUACAUCCACAACUCCACUGCUUCAUAUAUCUGGAGUUUCAUUCGCUGGAUUCUGCUCCCUCUGCUGCCCAUGGUAACCACAUUUACCCGCAUGUACCUGAAAACAACACAAAAACACCUUUUUAAGAAAGCAGAUGGACUUUAUGACGACGUGGGUAUGACCAAAGCUGUGACUGAGCAGGAGUAUGAAAACACAGAAUCUCUGCUGUGAAAUGCAGGCACGAGGAGCGUUGGCAGAGUCUUUGGAAUAAUUUAAUUAUUCAAUCUGAAAUUAUAAUCAAUUAGUGAGAAAAAACAACAGUUAAAUUACAAUUGCCAAUGAAAAUGUUCGAUUCAAAUAAUUUUUUUUUUAGUAUAGUAACAAUUCACAGCAGGAGUGGCUUCAUAGCUCUGUCUAUUGUUAGCCAAUACAUAUGCUUUUCACAAAAUGUCCAACUAUAAGCUGGCUAAUGUUAAGCAAAGAGUUUCUUUGCACUGUUUUGAAGCCACCAGGGGUUGAUACCUGUGGUUGUGAAAAGACUUUCUCUGGAAGUCUGUGGGAAAAUGGUCCUCAGACUUAACUGUUGGCACUUUUCUGAUUAGUCUAUAGACUCAGCCAUUCAUUUCGAGUCAUACUGAAUAAAACUUCAUUUUUGUCCCAAAUUACAGAUUCUGAUUUAUUUUGAUGGUAAUAUAUUUCAAAAACUAUUUGAUAUAUGAAGCUAGAAGUUUGCAGCAGUCAUUAUAUAUGCUCAAACCUUGGACCAUAAAGUUUUUUUUUUAAAUGGAAAAUGGAGGUAGUCAAGCAAGAAAUGUUCUAAAAAUAUGCUGCUUUGAGAUGGAAUGACGCGCCAAAGUCCAAAGAGUGUCAGCGACCUCUUCUUUAAUAUUUUCUUAAGUUUUCUCAAACAUUUUCACUUUAACUUUGGAGAACAUCCACAGAUUGUUUACAAAAGAUUUUGGCACUCAUGUUACUCAUUGGUUAGUGAAGCAGUAUGUUAUAAAAACCUGAGCUGAGGACAUCACGUAUUUAUUACCUGUUAACUUGUAACUUCUACUCUAAUAAUAAUAACCAUAAUUUACAACCUGAAAUUUAUGUUUUGAUCAAAAUGACCUGAAACUGGUGACUGAGCCCAUAAUGUCAUUAGGAAUGUUUUUCUGAUGAAGCAUAGCAUAACAGACUUUCAUAAUAUCGAAAGCCACUUCGCAUUAAUAAUGCACUUUUUAGUCCCAUUAGUGUUGUCUAACCUAUACUUGAAACAUCAGCCAGCUUAACGCAUUACAUAAUAACUUUGCUAAAAACCUAUGUAGGGUCUUUACCUUAUAAUGUGAAGCAGCAUAGUGAGAACACAGUUGCUGUACUAUACUGUCAUGUUUAGGGCAACUAGUAACUCGUUACAUGUUAAAAGUACAUAACCGUCCAAGUCACGGUGUUUGUUUGCCCUCAUUGUUAGACCGAGUGUUCAAUUCAAUUCCAUUUUAUUUAUAUAGUUCCAAAUCACAACAGCAAUUGCUUCAAGGGGCUUCAAUAUGACGAGACACACACAUCUUUUUUCUUUUUUUUUUUUUCUAUGAAGAAAUAAGUUUGCAUUUAUUGGACAAACCAAACAUAAGCAAACUCACACAUAGUGUAAAGAUGGACCAUGUCAUGGGGUGACAAAUGAAGGGUUUCAUUCCAAAAUGCCGUACAACCAUUAGGACGAAAAAACGCAGUAUUUUAAAGGGCACAUCAUUCAUUCAGAAAUCUUAUUACUUUAGUCACAACAACCCCCUAACGGAGCUUUGCUGUAUUUAUUUCAUGGAGAUGCCAUUAUUCCCACAUGCUGUACAUUUCAUUUUGGAACAAAGCUCUUCAAAUAUAUCUUUUUAUUUUUACACUUUUUACAUUCUUUUCUUGCUGUACAUUUUAAGUCUCAUGCUUUGCUUGAAACUGUGCUGUCAGCAUUUAUCCUCAAUCACAUGACGAGAGACAAUAAAAAGAAGAGCAUACAGUAUUCAGGAUCAAUGCUGCAUAGUUUCAACUUUGGAAUAACACAAUUACCUUUUUGUAAACUGUGUGUAUAUGUGAUGGAAAACCAUAUUAAACCUGUCAAAAGAA